AUGACAGAAGAAUUAAGGUUGACUUCUCUCAGUCCGUUGCCAAAAUGCGCUGGAGAGGUAAAGGCAAAGGAAUUUUGCACCUCAAUGACAAUCAAGCCCAAAAUCGCAAUAAUAAAGAUGACCGAAAACGACCAAGAAGUCGGAGCAGAGAAAGAACUGAAAGAAAAAGAAGUAGAAGCAAAGGAAGAAAUGAAAGGAAAAGAAGUAAGAGCAGAGAAAAGAGAGAUCGCAGAAGGAGCAGGAGUAGAGACAGAAAAGUACGUCAAGAGCGACGAAGGAGCAAAGAAAGAGAACGGAAUGAGCGUCGAGAACGAAGUCGCAGUCGAGAAAGAAAAGAUCGAAGACGCAGUCGAAGUAAGGAUAGGCGUAAUAAAUAUGAUCAUAAAAAACAUCGAUAAUCUUUGUAAUUGA